GCUCUCCAGUUUCGCUCCCUUCCGCUCUUUUAUUUUUGCUACCGAAACCUCCUGGACGAGUGCCAUAUCAUUCUUUACAUUCACUCUUUUAGCUCGCAAAUCUUGCCACGGACAUUGUGACCAUGUCCAUAUUUCUUUGGCUCUUAUUCCUUCCAGCUGUGCUGUGCCAGCUCUCCUCCGGGAGUCUUCAGAAGUUUCCUAAUGCUCUGGCGUUGGGAAAUUCGUUUGAUCCGAUAAUUGCUGCGUAUUGGACUGGGCUUCCACACCACCGUCGGACACCAUUUUCGGUACGAAAGUCCCUUUCGUUGCGGUUCAGAGUUUCUCUUUCUUUUGUUUUUCCAUUUUUAUUGACAGACUUAGGUAUCGCCUGAUGGAAAAUCAGCCUAUUUGGCGUACCUUUCGACCUCAUAUUCCAGUGUUUUCAUUCAACAGGUUGACCCAAGCACAUUUGCAGCGGUUGGGAAGCCCGUUGAGAUAUCCGGUGCCAGAGAGGGUAUGCUGAUGUUACAAUGCCACCCCUGUGCCACCGCUGACAUAGUCCAGCCGGCGGUCUCGUGGCUCGAAACGAUGGCUUUGCCGUCUUGGUCAAUCUCGACAACUCGCAGACAGAACACCCGAUAAGUACUAUUAUCCGAUAUAAAGGGGGCUCCAAGGCAUGGACCAGACCGAUCAAUGGGCCAGGAGUUCACGAGUCGCAAGGGGUCAGUAGAAAUGAAUCGCAAACAUUGGUUGCACCCACUGACGUGCCGUGUGUAGCUUUCUUCCUCUCCUGACAUGAACGGUGACUUGGUGUACUCGGAAGCGGCGGGGCUAUAUGCUGCAUACGUUGUCGUCACUGGUAAGUUUCCCGCAAAUACUCCGGGUCCUUGGGCUAAGAGAAGCACCGUAGCAUACACCGGGGACGCAAAGGGGCAUUUCGGCGAUUCCAUUCAAUAUGUCACCGAUGCCGGCGAGCUUAAAGUCAUCAAUGGCGCUUCAAGCACAUUUGGGUGCUCGCACAACACGGGAAUAGCCCUAGAGGAGGCAGACGCUCCGCCGUUCGCCAGUGUCUGCGCCGAGGAUCACGGGUAAUUGCAUUCCAGGGCGCAUGUUAUCACAGACGCUGAUUUCCAAAAAGUGCCAUCUGGUUGAACACGAAAACUCAGUACAUGUCCGGUGUUAAAAUCGCGAACGAGAACGCCACCAACGGUGUCAGCGGAGAACCAAGUAAGUAUCUCUGCCGCGCCUAUUUUGUGCCUUGCUUCCAACACAUGGUGUUACACAGUGGGCGGUAUGUCUGGCUCUUAUAGCUGCCUCGCUUUAUUUCCCGGAUCCUCGACAUAUAUCUUUGCCUGGCAAUCCCGCGGCGCGGUCAGAUUGACACAGGACGACUGGAUGGGCGCUGGUUACACGGCCUCCUCUCCGCGCUGGCUUAACCAUAACGUAGCCAUUUCGAUGACCAAGGACAAGUCUACCCUUCAAGGCCCAGAAGCCAUCUCCAAUGUCGGAGCGGCUAGCGGGGAUGACCAAGUAACUUGGAUCACAAAGUCCGAAACGACGGACCACCAGAAUGUCCGAGUAGCUGCGCUGGAUGGCUCCAACGCGAUCGUCACCUGGGAGGAGCUUUCUAACCCACAUUGUCAGCCCGUGCCAUUGAGCUGCACGGGGACAUUCACGGGAACCUUCUUUCAGCAGGUAGAUUCACAGGGCAAGAAGGUAGGAGAGGCAAUCUCUGCUAAAGAUGUCUUUGUCUCUGGUGACAUGCAAAGGAUUGCAGGAAAGGGCGUUUGUUGGCCGUAUGUGAGCACGGAAUGGGACUUGAGCGGGCCGAAGGACAAGGGGACACCUGUUUCUUCCAUGUCGUUCGCCUGCAUUGGAGGUGGAAGUGGAGGUGGAGGCGGUACUCCAGCAUCCACCACCCAAAACCCCACUGUCACACCUUCACAGACGGCCCCGCCCAGUACCGUACCUUCCGAUACGGUGACGGAGAACGCCGCGCCAUCAACCAUGAGCCCCGCUCCCACCAACACCGAUGAUAACCCCCCGACAGUCCCCACCAUGUCAGGAAGCACCAGAACCAGGAUGACGAGGAGUUCCAGAUCUCCCCCAGAGGAGACCCCCACUACAGACCCAUCAAACACCCCUGUAUCGUGCGAUGGCCAAACCGAGUGUCCAGAAGGCUACCGCUGCUUCGCAUUUCAAGGAGGAUACGCUGGCUGCGUGCCCGCCGGCUGGGGCCCUUGAUGGGUAAUAAAAGGGAGGAAAGGGGGGGGAAAGGAGGGGCACCCGAAUUUAAUGUAUUAUACUCUAGUAAAUACUCGAGUGACUACUCGCAAAACAAAUUCUCUUCCAACAUUAAUAAAUAGAUGAA